UUUUAUUUAAAAAUAUUUUUUACAUUCCUAAUGAAAUAAUGGAAGAAAAUGUAGGUAAAACUAAGGCACAUGAAACACCGGUUAAAAAUCCCCAUGGUGCAGAGCUUACAAUUGGUAGCGGAAGUGGUGUUAGUGAACAACCAGAUAUGCUACAAAAAAUUAAAGCAUUGGAGGAAGAGAAUCAUAACAUGUUGAAAAGUUUCGACAGUCAACGAGCAAAACUGAAGGAACUUUAUGUGCAAAAAGUGCGUGAGUUAGACGAAGUAAAAACAAGCAUGGUGGUGGCUGAAAUUAAAGCUCAAGAAGAAAUUUCAUCAUUACAACAGUUAGUACAAGAGACUAUCGAAGAGUCGAGCAAUUAUAAAGCGGACUUAGAACGUUUGGAAGGUGAGAAUAGUCGUUUAUGGCAGGAGAACCGUGAAUUACGUGAUAAUUUGGCUCAACAUCAAUCGCCGGCAAGUCAAGAAUUGAGCAGUCUUGCACCUCAAAUGCUAAGUCAAGUGAAAAAAACGUUGGUACGAAAAUUAGGCGGUGAUGCAGGUGGUUCUGUAUUGGGUUCUAGUUUUACCCAAGAGUCGUUAGAUGACAGUAGAAAUAAAAGUGAGGGAAAAUAUGCUCAUGAAGAUUCAGAGGUGUUGGGUUCAAUAGUAACGCAAUUACAAGAAGAAAUGAAGGUCUUAAAAGAAAAAUUGCGUGAGGCUGAUGAAAAGCUACAAGCUACAUCAAGUAGUAAACCUCAUUUGCCGUCUACUGCAAAGGCAGCGGAUAAUAGCACCACACAAACUGAAAAUUUUCCUUGUUCCAAUUGUCCAACUCUUGAAAAUAAGAUCAAAGAGUUAAUCGAAAAGGCAACGGAGGACCAUAAUAAAAUCGAGGAUUUACAAAAGAAGAUUGGAGAAUUUAACGAAGAAUUGUCAAAGGAAGCCGCUUUGCGCCACGACCUGGAAAGUCAAUGGGAGGAAAAGCGUGAAGCUUAUAAAAAUGAGGUUCAUGCACUACGAGAACAAGUUACUGCAAGUGAAAACCGUUUGUUGAGCAUGCAACAGAAAUUUCUCGAAGCCAAAGAUGAUAUUAUGCGUCAAUUGCAUCGCGUAAGUGACGAUCGCGAAAAGAUCAACAAACACUUAGAAGUUUUGCAAGCUGAUAACGACUUUCUUUCGGGGCGUUACUUAGCUACAGCUGAAGAAAUUGAAAACCAGCAUAUUAAUCUGCCUAAUACGGUGGAGGAAUUGCAAGAGCUUAUUUUAAAACAACAACAAGAACUUAUAAAGUCCAGAUUGGGUUGUGAUUUUGAGAGAAAACGAUGUGUUACUUCAUUAGAUGAAAUUCAGAUAUUACGGGAUCAACUGGAGGCUACGGACCGUCAACAUAGUGCCUAUAAAAAAAAGUAUCAGGCGGAAAUUAAAUCAUUACAGGAGCGCAUAACAUUGCACUUGCAAACCUUACAAAAGUGUGAAACAUCUAAAACUGAUUUGGAACGUAAAGAAAGUGAGCUGAAUCGUAAACUAUCGGCAUUCCGAGUGGAAAUCAUCGAAUUGCAAGAACAAAAUGAGAAAUUGGCAAAAUCAUAUGCCGAGGCAAAGGCAAAAAUAAAAACUUUACAAGAUGAUUUGGCCACCAGCGAGCAAGUACAAAAGGACUUUGUUCAGUUAUCACAAACUUUACAGAUGACCCUUGAAAAUUUGAGACACGCUGAUACGGAGGUGCGCUGGCAAGACGAUGAUGAUGUACCGAAUUGUCCAAAGUGUAAUGUUAAUUUCACAGUGACAGUACGUAAAACGCAUUGUCGUCAUUGUGGUCGUAUAUAUUGUGACAAAUGUCUAACGAAAUCAGUACCAUCAGGACCGCGUAAAAGGCUGGCACGAGUCUGUGAUAUUUGCCACACUCUGCUUUCACCUCAUAUCGCUCCCUAUUUUAGUCAAGAUUCCGCGCAAUUGCAGACCGCAGGUAAUAACUCAUAAGGGAAAAAAGCGAUAAUGCUCGAUUGCAGCAGUCGAAGGCAGAAAAGCAAACAUUAAAAUAAUUGAAGUUUAACUACAAACACUCAUUUAUGUAGGGUGUAAAUUUUUAAUUAUUAUUAUUUUUUUUUUUUUCGAAUUAUCAUGUUUCGUGUGAUCAAUUUAGUUAAAAACGUUUCAGCUCGA